UGAAAAUAUCACUCGCGCAUGAUUCACACGCUUAGACACGUGGAUCUUUUCCAAGAAUGAUGAAUCAAAUCUGGAAGAAAUCGGAUGAGUAUCAUCAAAAUAAUAGUUUUAUUCAUGUGUAUUUAAAUAUUCCUUUUUCCAUCGUUUAUGGAAUUAGAAUUAAAAAUUCUUCGUUGUUUGGGGCAUUCGAUGUUAGUAUGCAUUAAACGUAAGUCGUGCACUGCCAGCUACCGGCGGACUAGGCAGUGUCGUCGUAAGUUGGAGAGGGGCACGUAGAUAGCACGUUACUCGUUCUUCGUUCUAUGCAGUCGCGUGUAAUAUACGUUUGUCGUUCAUCGGUAGUUGACGAGCGCGCUUGAAGUUGUUACUUUGGUUUGCGAAGGACAUUACCGAUUAGUCGUCCUUUCUCGGUUUACUUGUCGUUUUUUUCGAUACAGCUCGUAAAUGCUAUCUAAUUUAACCUAACAUCAUCAAACUUGUCUCACAUCAUGAUACUGGCUCUUGGUCGAGUGAGUAUUUCAAAAAUUCGUCGAAUAUCGAUCGAAUUGCAAAUUCGAUACAAGAUCGACGUCAUAACUGCGAAAAAAAAAAGGAAGAGCAGACGGUGAUUUUAAAAAGAAACGUUACAUAGUUAGGAUAUGUGAUGUUGAAAAGAAGCACAAUCGUUGAUAUAGAUAACGUUAUUUAUAACAGUUUUUCGCUAAAAACAGUGAACUUAACUUAAGAUAAAUGUUAAUUCAUGAAUGGUGGACAAUGAAUUUUUUGGCCCAUGGGGCCAAAUACUCAUCAUAGUUGUGAUAGCAUUGAUCGUCAUUGUUAUCUUGCUCGUGAUCGCCUGUUAUCUAAUACCAGGAUGCCAUGGAUACGAAUACAUUAGGAAACGAAAACAAUUUUUUGCAGAAAGAGAAGCAAAAAGUGUGCCAUUAUGUUUGAAAGGCAAACAAAAUGAAAAUGUGAAGUUGAAUGAUGUCAGCUAUAGAUCUUGGAGAUUGGGCAGUCUCUACGAAGGCAGCAGCAAUGGUACAAUCGAUGAGAAUGCAAGUCCAAACGAGAAUUCCUAUAAUUCCAGCAACGCUCAGUUUGGUUUCACUGAUACCUCGUCCACCCUGAACUUGGUGCAGAAGGAUAAGCAAAAAGCCGAGAAAAAACAAAAAGAAUUCCCCACUGAAUUGACAAUAAGCUUACAGUAUCUGCCGCCUUACGAUGAGACUAUUACCGGAAAACUCGUUAUCGGUGUCGAGGCAUUAUCCGGUCUUCCUCCAAAGCAAUACAAUUGCACGUUAGAGCCAUACGUGACACUAAACAUUGCGAAGCAAUCGUGGAAUCAUAGGAAACGACAAAGGUUACAUAGUUUUCGAACAAGGAGUAUUAAGCAUACAGCGAGUCCCAUUUUUAAAGAGGCGUUCGGUGUAGCGAACGUAAGUCCUCAGGAAGUUAAGGAAUGGAUUCUCGACUUUAUGGCAUACGAUCAUGACAGAUAUGCUAAUGACACGGAAUUGUGCAGCUUGAAAGUAUCCAUGAAGGAAAUGAAACACGUUCUACAAAGCCCGGAAAUUCAUAUGUUCAAUUUCAGGAUGAAACCAUCUAAUUUGGAAUUUGGAAACAUUUUAUUAGGUAUAAGUUAUUUACCUACAGCACAGAGACUAGCUAUAAAUGUAAUGAAAGUACGUGAUGUCAAGUUUACACCACCAGCAUCGAGUUUAAACAAUUUUAAUUUUUAUGUCAGGAUAUUGAUGCUCAAUGGACGAACUGGACAUCGAAUAAAAAAAAAAAAGACUAAAUCCGUCAUUGCGAAUUCACAAACAGAGUUCAACGAAACCUUGACAUUUGAUGUAUUGUAUAAUCAAUUAGACAUUGUGCAAUUUCUCGUCGUGCUUUGCAGCAAAGCUGCACCUCUUGAUAUUGUUGCGAGUAUUAUGGAUCAUCCGAGUGAUAGUGAAGAUUCGUUAACAUCAAUUCAGAAAUCAAAUAAUAUUUAUGUCGGUAAGGUUGCGUUAGGAAAAGGAGUUAGAGGUUCGACAGAAAGAUUACACUGGUUCUCUAUACUUCAAAAUCCUAGAAAAUUAGUUACCGUAUGGCAUGUUCUAAAAUAAAUAACUAAAUUGCGAAUUUAAAUUUUUAUGAACAUGACUACAAUAAUAAAAUUAAAA